ACAGACUCACAGACAGACAGGCAGAGACACAGACAGAGACAGGCAGGUGAGAUGGGUGUGUUCAGGUGUGUGUGUGAACUGAUGUGUGUGUGUGUAAGUGUGUGUGUGUGUCUGAACCUGUUGGAAGACGCCGUGAUGUUCCACGGACCAACAGGAAGUCUGUUUGGAUUCUCCAUCGACUUUCAGACCUUCAACAACAAAUCCUACAUCGUCAUUGGAGCUCCCAAAGCCAACACCAGCCAAUCAGGAGUGAUGGAGGGAGGGGGCGUGUUCCUCUGCCCCUGGUCACCUGCAGGGGGGACCUGUGACAUCAUCAACUUUGACCUGAAAGGUGAUGAGACGUUCAGCAGCACCACGCUCACCUUUCACACCUUCAAGAGUCAGCAGUGGUUCGGAGCGUCGGUCCGAUCGGUCAGUGACACACACUUGCUGGCUUGUGCACCGCUCUCUCACUGGAUUGCUCAGAGGCGAGGGGAGGAGUCAGGGAAAACACCUGUGGGGAAUUGCCUCCUAUUGGACCACAGGACAAGAAGCUCCACCCCCUUCUCCCCCUGCAGAGGAGGGAUGAUGGACGCCGACUACAAACGGAUAAACAACAGACACGACCAGCGCUACUGUGAGGUUGGCUUUAGCACUGACAUCACUAAGUUCUUGUCCGUGUGUGUGUGUGUGUGUGUGUGUGUGCGUGUUGUAGGAGGGGCGUCUCGUGCUCGGAGCUCCAGGAGGUUUUUUUUUCCAGGGUCAGGUCAUCACGGUGGCUGUCAGUGACAUCAUCAGCAGUGGGCGGAGCAGCGAUCCUAUGCCUGUCGUAGUUGGCAUCAGCCAAUCAGAUGAGAGGGGAGAUUACGACCUUUACCGCGGUGAGUAGAGCCUGUGUAUG